UACUUCCAGUUCCCCGGACCGCGCUCCCUCUGACCUGCUGGGCUGGCCCAACACGCCAGGCACCGCGGGCAAGAGGCCCCAGUGGCUGGCUCCGGUGCCCAUGCGAGGGCCCAGGUGGGGCCGACCUGGGGCGGCCAAGGGGCCCGCACCUUCAGCACCCCCCGUUGGUUCAAAGGGUAUGGCCCCGCCCCCUCCAGGCCCCGAGCCCGCUUUGAAGUGCUGAUGCGGCCUGGAAGGGGCCACUUCACACCUCGGGCUCGGGAUAAAGCGGUCGCCGGGCGCCGGUCCGCAGAUGCGCCGCCGCCGCCAUGGCCCAGUCCCUGUGCCCGCCGCUCUCCGAGUCCUGGCUCCUCUUCCCGGGUUGGGGCCCGCCUCGGCCUCUGCCGCCCUCCGACAGGGACUGCGGCUGCUCCCCCGCCUCGUCCCCGGACUCCUGGGGCAGCGUCCCGGCCGGCAGCCCCGAGCUGAGCCCCGGACGGCCCGGCACCCACGCGGCCGCCGGAGCCCGGGGCGCAGGGAGGCGCGGCGCGCGCAGCAGCCGCCUGGGCUCCGGGCAGCGGCAGAGCGCCAGCGAGCGCGAGAAGCUGCGCAUGCGCACGCUCGCCCGCGCCCUGCACGAGCUGCGCCGCUUUCUGCCGCCGUCCGUGGCGCCCGCCGGCCAGAGCCUCACCAAGAUCGAGACGCUGCGCCUGGCCAUCCGCUACAUCGGCCACCUGUCGGCGGUGCUGGGCCUCAGCGAGGAGAGCCUGCAGCGCCGGCGCCGGCGGCGCAGCGACGCGGCGGUGCCUCGGGGCUGCCCGCUCUGCCCCGACGGCGGCCCCGCGCAGACGCAGACGCAGGUGCAGGUGGAGGCGCGCGCCCAGCUUCUGGGCUCAACCGCCAGCCCCUCCGCGUCCUGGGGGUCCCCGCCGGCCUGUCUCGGAGAACUAGCGGCGCCGCAGCCGCGCGACCCGGCAGUGCUUUAUGACGAGGCGGCGUGUUCGGAAUCGCAGGCAAUGGAGCCGAGCCCCUCAUCUCCGCUCUUUCCCGGCGACGUGCUGUCCCUGCUGGAGACCUGGAUGCCUCUCUCGCCCCUGGAGUGGCCGCCGGCCUGAGUCGAAGUGACGACGUACAAUUGGCGCCCUGUGAGCAUCGAGGCCCUUUUGGCUUUCAGCACCUUCAAAACGGUCCCUCUCCAGACUCCCUUUCCUAGGAGAGGGCACCUGCGAUACUGGCAUGGGCAUUCCUGAGAGCGGGAGCCCGUCCCCACCCAAGACAACUCUCCCCAGCCCCUCCGGCAAUGGAGGGACCCAUAGGUUGACCCUUGGAGGCAGGCAGGGGGCGCCUGCCUACUAUGUAUUUAUUUAUUUGUGAAUAAACUGUGCUGGUGUCA